AUGAAGGUGGUGAAUGAGGAGUGUCCCACCAUCACCCGCAUCUACAACAUCGGCAAGAGCUCGCGGGGGCUGAAGAUCUACGCCAUGGAGAUCUCCGACAGCCCGGGCGAGCACGAGACGGGAGAGCCCGAGUUCAGGUACACGGCGGGGCUGCACGGGAACGAGGUGCUGGGCCGGGAGCUGCUGCUCCUGCUGAUGCAGUUCCUGUGCAAGGAGUACCAGGACGGCAACCCCCGGGUGCGGAGCCUGGUGACCGAAACCCGCAUUCACCUCGUGCCCUCCCUCAACCCCGACGGCUACGAGCUGGCCCGUGAGGCGGGCUCUGAGCUGGGCAACUGGGCGCUGGGCCACUGGACAGAGGAGGGCUACGACCUCUUUGAGAACUUCCCUGACUUGGCUUCGGCGCUGUGGGCGGCUGAGGAGAGGAGGCUGGUGCCCCACAAGUUCCCCAACCACCACAUCCCCAUCCCAGAGCACUACCUGGCUGAGGAUGCCACGGUGGCAGUGGAGACACGGGCCAUCAUGGCGUGGAUGGACAAGAACCCCUUUGUGCUGGGAGCCAACCUGCAGGGUGGGGAGAAGCUGGUGUCCUACCCCUUCGACACGGCCCGGCCCAUCAGUGAGACGCCGGCGGCCGCCCCUCGCCCACCAGACGACUACGAGGAAGACAACCCCGAGCUGCAGGAGACUCCUGACCACGCCAUCUUCCGCUGGCUCGCCAUCUCCUAUGCCUCGGCCCACCUCACCAUGACCGAGACCUUCCGUGGGGGCUGCCACACGCAGGACAUGACCAACGCCAUGGGCAUUGUGCAGGGGGCCAAGUGGCACCCCCGGCCUGGCAGCAUGAAUGACUUCAGCUACCUGCACACCAACUGCCUGGAGCUCUCCAUCUACCUGGGCUGCGACAAGUUCCCCCACGAGAGCGAGCUGCAGCAGGAGUGGGAGAACAACAAGGAGUCGCUGCUCACCUUCAUGGAGCAGGUCCAUCGGGGCAUUAAGGGCUUGGUCACAGACCAGCAGGGAGAACCCAUCGCCAACGCCACCAUCGUCGUGGGGGGCAUCAACCACAACAUCAAGACAGCCAGCGGCGGGGACUACUGGCGCAUCCUGAACCCGGGCGAGUACCGCGUCUCGGCUCGGGCCGAAGGCUACAACCCCAGCGUCAAGACCUGCAGCGUCUUCUAUGACAUUGGGGCCACUCAGUGCAACUUCGUCUUGUCGCGCUCCAACUGGAAACGCAUCCGGGAGAUCAUGGCCAUGAACGGGAACCGGCCCAUCCGCCGCAUCGUGCCUGGCCGCCCUAUGACACCUCGCGAACGCAUGCGCCUGCGUAUGCGCCUCCGGCACCGCAUGCGGCUCCGGCAGCAGAUGAGGCUGCAACGUCUCAAUGCCACCACAUCCCCCAGUGGCCCCACGGCCCCGCCGCCCACCACAGCCCUACCCUUCCCCUUCAGCAGCACUGCCUACACACCCUGGAGCCAAGAGCCACCCACAGCCAGCACCUGGGAGACGGAGACCGAAACAGAGGUGGUGACCGAGCUGGUAACGGAGACAGAGGCCUGGGAACUAGGCACAGGGACAGCGCAGCCCUUCACCACGGCCGAGACCUACACCGUGAACUUUGGUGACUAG